GUCCAUUGGAAAACCAAACUCAAGCAACAUGAAGCUCACCGGCCUCGCCUCGUUGGUACUGCCCCUGCUCCUUUCACCCUUGACGACGGCGAACCCAUUGCCCAAGUCCAAGCCGAGCACCAUCACCACCUACAGCCAGACGGUCAUCUUCGACCCGCCUUCCAACUACACCAUCCCCCGCACGCUUUACGCCCGCACUCUCGAGCUUCCCUCUGGAGUUCUGCUCUCGACAUGGGAGAACUACUCGGGAGACACUGACGGACUCGUCUACUUCCCCAUCUACCGCAGCACCGACCACGGCGCCACCUGGAAGGAGAUCUCGCGGGUCGAGGAUACGCACAACAAGAUCGGGUUGCGCUACCAACCGUUUCUCUACUACCUGGACCAGAAGCUGGGCGGGUACCCGGCAGGGACCAUCCUGCUCGCAGGCAACAGCAUCCCUGAAGAUCUGUCCACCACGGAGCUCGAUCUGUAUGCCUCGCGCGACAAUGGUGUGACCUGGGAGUUCGUCUCCGAGAUCGCCAAGGGAGGCGAGGCGCUGCCGAACAACGGGUUGACCCCGGUGUGGGAGCCGUUCUUGCUGGUGCACAAGGGCAAGCUCAUCUGCUACUACUCCGAUCAACGCGACAACGCGACUUACGGCCAGAAGCUCGUUCACCAGACCACCACCGACCUGAAGAACUGGGGCCCCGUCGUCGAUGACGUUGCCUACCCAACCUACACCGACCGACCCGGCAUGCCCAUCCUCGCCCAGCUCCCCAACAAAGACUACAUCUACAUCUACGAAUACGGCUCCUUCUUCAACACCUCCACCUACAGCUUCCCGCUGUACUUCCGCAUCGCCAGCGACCCGGAGCAGAUCGCCGCCGCGGAGGGCCAGCGCCUGGUCGUCUCGGACGGCACGCAGCCCACCUCCUCGCCGUACGUGGUCUGGAGCCCAUACGGCGGCAAGCACGGCACCAUCAUCGCCAGCAGCGGCACCCAGAGCUCGGUGUUCGUCAACCAGAAUCUAGGGAAGGGCGAGUGGACCGAGAUCGCCACCCCGGAGGGCACGAGCUACACCCGGGAUCUGCGCGUGCUCAGCGAGGACAAUGGCCGGUAUUUGUUGAUCGCCGGUGGCGGGGUGCUCAAUGGCGCCGAUAAUCAGGUCACGGCCAGUUUGGUGGAUUUGAGUACUGUUUUGUGAGGGUGAGGUUAUAAGGUGGGGGGGUUGUGUUUUGUAUAUAGUCGCGAGGUUGGGGGGAGGAAGAAGGGAAUUUUUUUUUGGAAAAGGAGGGUGGUCUAUGCAUCUAUUUGCUACAGGCCAGAGGUUCUGAGAAUGAGAAUAUUGAUGAUGCCGUUACCGACCUGCCCUGUAGGCGUGUCUCUUGCACUAUAGAGAAAUCGUGGUGGCCUGCGAAUCCCUGUCUGAUCAUGCAGAAGGGAAUUCGUAAGCGGCCAAAUAAUUCAACACGCCGAAACAGUCAAUUUGAAGUGUGUUUCGAGAAACAUGCGGACCUUGUUUUAAGAAGGUACUGGCUCUGAUGGUCCGAAUAGUUGGGCAGUCCUCAAGGUCAUUUUUCUGAGUGAGAGC